GGAGCAUGCAAGCGAGGAUGCUGCCUCCACGAUGGCGAGGCCCGACAGUGCGAUAAUUCAUUCGACGGACUCUUAUUCUGCCUGUGAGUCGAUUCAAAAGCAGAUAACCCAUGGGACAGACUCAGACUCACGAACUCAAAUAGUCGAAUAAUCUCCCUCCAGCGUCCAUCCGGCAGAGUGUGUCCUCCGCGCGGGCUCCGCCAGCUUUGCCUCAACUUCCUUCUCUUGACGGGUUUCAAUCAGGCGCGUCAGCAGCUGAAUUCCACUCAGCCCCAUGCCGACUUUCCUCCCGCCCCUCUUCUCCCGCCGGCCGGCACUCCAGCCGGCGGCACCUACACUCCGACCGGCAGCGACUGCACCAAUCGCUGCUCCAGGGACGUCCUUUCGUGCCUUCCAGCCAAUCACAUUCAGCCAACGUGGCGGUGCGAUCGCAGAGUCAGCGCCUGGUGCGCAGCCACGUGGCCCGAGAGCUGCCCACGUGGCACGGGUCGCGCUGCUGGUCGCCGUCGCUGGCGCGCUCAUCGCGUGCGACUUGUGGGGGCUGCAGCUAUGGAACAGGGACGUCGCACGGGUCGCACAGGUCGCACAGGUCGCACAGGGGGAUCGGAAGGGACAGGCUGAGUCGCAGGUGAUGUUGCAAGCAGUGGAAGAGGCGAUGGAAAUCGGCGGCGACAGGGGCGGGGGGAGUGGAGAAGGCACCUCUCACAGUAGCCCUGGUGACAGCUCUAAGCGUGGCAGCAGCAGCAGCAGCAGCAGCAGCAGCAGCAGCAGCAGCAGCAGCAGCAGCAGCAGCAGCAGCGCGGUGGUGUACAGAGGGGCGCCGUGGAAGGCUGAUGUGGGCACAUGGCUCGUAGAGUGCAGCGAACAGUUUCUGGAUGUGACUGUAGGCGAGGCGCUCUUCGCCCAGGCAUGUCCCGGCAACUGCAGCAGCAACGGCGUGUGCAACCAUGAGCUGGGGGAGUGCAGAUGCCGACACGGGUACUCAGGUCCUGACUGCUCGCAGUUGCACCUGCACCAGUGCAACCUGCCUGCCUCACCAGAGUGGCCUGUGGGGCCGUGGGUGGCGUCUAUCUGUCCGGCUCACUGCGACACCGCAACCGCGCUCUGCUUCUGUGGGAAUGGCACCCGGUUCCCCCACCGAUCCAUCACUCACCCCUGUGGGUUUGUGUACAGGAACCAUGAUUUCGUGUUCAGCGAGGUGGACACGGACCUGCUGUUCCACGCGCACACCGGCUACUGCAACGCCGACCCCCUUGUGGGCUUCCAGCGGGACUACACGGGGUGCGGCAUCUGCGAAGUGGACGGGUACCUGGGGCCCUUCUGCGACACAAGGGUGGAGACGUUCUGCCUCAACCAGUGCUCGCUGCAUGGCACUUGCCACAGGGGAUACUGUGAGUGUUCGGAUGGCUUCUUUGGCAUCGACUGCAGUUUGCCGUCCGCUUUCUCGCCGCAGGCACUGUUCACAAUGCCUCACGGUUUGCCCCGGCGCCGAUUGCUGGACCGUGCAGGUGGGGCGCUGGAGAGGCAGGGACCAGGGGGGAGGGCUGCUGUUGGGGGUGGUGCUGCUGCUGGGGGCGGUGCUGCUGCUGGGGGCACGGCUGUGCAGCGUAAGGUGGGUGCAGCAGGGGGGGCGCAGACACAAGUCAAACAAUUGGGCAGCAGCCCAUGGGAGCAGCAGCAGCAGGGAGAGCCAGUUCCCACGAGACACAGGGCACGGUGGGCGCAGCGGCAGGCCUUUGAGUCAACUGAAACGGAACAGCAGAAGCAGGGGAAGCCAGUUCCCCCAAGACACUGGGCACAGUGGGCACGGCCGCAGACCAAGCCUGUGGGCAGCAGGCGGUGGGUGCGGCGGCGGUGGCCGCUGAUCUACAUCUAUGACCUGCCUGGGGAGUUCACCUUCCACCACUUGGAGGCACGCAAGAUCAGGGCGUACUGCACCACGAGGCUGUAUGGCAUGCACAAUGAGACACUGUACAACCACUUCCAGCUCUAUGGCAUGGAGGUGGCAGUGCUUGAGUCGCUGCUGGCCAGUCCCCAGCGCACCACCAACGCAUCGGCAGCUGACUUCUUCUUCGUGCCUGUGAUGGGGGGAUGCAUCACUGCCAGGGCUGAUGACUCACCAUCGACCUCCAUGCAGGGCAAGUUCAAGAAUCGCAGGUCGUACUUUGCAGCGGACUUCUAUCAGCGGGCACUGGAGCAUAUCCGAUCCGCUUACCCCUACUGGAACAGUACUGGUGGCCGGGACCAUAUCUGGACCUUCCCCUGGGACGAGGGCGCCUGCAGCGCACCCAAGGACGUGUUUAACGGCAUAAUGCUGUCGCACUGGGGCAACACCAUGGCCGCCCACGACCACUCCACCACCGCCUACCUCCUCGACAGCUGGCACGACAUCCCAACAGCCCUGCGCGGGCGGCACGCGUGCUUCGACCCGCUAAAGGACGUGGUGAUGCCGGCCUUCAAGCCGCCCAGCGCGGAGCACCUGCGGGAGAGGCUGUGGCUCAACCCAGUGGAGAAUCGGCGGCGGCUGUUCUUCUUUGGGGGCAAUCUCGGACUCAACUUCACCCACGGCCGGCCAGAAGCCAACUACAGCAUGGGCAUCCGGCAGCGAGUGGCGCUGUACUUUGCGUCGGAGCCCAACAGGCACGGGCAGUUGGGGCUGCUGGCACAGCCCGAUGUGGUGGUGCAGCCUGGACCCAUCUACGACUAUGCGGUGCAGCUGUCGCAGUCUCGCUUCUGCGGGGUGCUCCCAGGCGAUGGCUUCAGUGCGCGCAUGGAGGACAGCCUGCUGCACGGCUGCAUCCCCGUCAUCGUCCAGGACGGCAUAGAGCUGCCAUUUGAGAAUUUCCUCGACUACCCGUCGUUCACAGUGCGCGUGGCAGAGGCCCACAUCCCCAACCUCGUCACCAUUCUCCAGUCCUUCACAGACGACCAAGUGCGUGCAAUGCAGCGGGCGGCGAGCCGUGUCUGGAUGCGGUGGUUCUACCGGGCAGCCGUGCUGCUAGAGGCGGGGCGGCAGAGAGCCCAGGGGAAGGAGGUCGGGGAGUGGGUGGCGGAUUUGGAAGGCAUGGAGGGGGAUGAUGCAGUGGAUACACUGAUGCAGAUAUUGCAUAUGAAGAUGUUUAGAGACGCAUGGAGGCGACAAGAAGGCCCAAUUAUGUGUUCAAGAGAAGGAAAAGUACCGUCAAACAUAGUGGCUAUGUCAAAGUGAAUAUUGGUUUGGAAUAUGAAUUUUUACAAUUGUGAAGACAAUUACGGUAUCUGUGUAGAAAAUAAUAACGCGUCUACUUUGGC